CCAGUGCGAAACACUCCCCUCCACCCAGGCCAAACACCACCCGCAGGCCGCACCAGACAAGACAAUCAGGCGCAAGCCCAUAAACCCCACCGCAGCCACCCGAUACGGGCCCAUCCAGCGGCCCAGAUCACGCCACGCAUGCUCCCCCGCCUGCUCCUCGGGCCCCACCGCCUGCUCCUCGGCGGCCCCCUCGCCGCGACCGCGAGCGCGGCGCCCCUCCCCCGCCGCCGCGCCGUCGCCGGCCGCCGGGUCAUGUCCGCCUCCGCCGCGCCCGCCCCGGGGCCGAGGCGGCGGCCGCUGCGCGGGGUGGUGUUCGACAUGGACGGCACCCUCACGGUGCCCGUCAUCGACUUCCAGGCCAUGUACCGCGAGGUGCUCGGCGGGGACGCGGCCUACGCCGCGGCGCGCGCGGCCGGGGGAGGCGCCGUCGACAUCCUCCACUGCAUCGAGGACUGGGCGCCAGACAAGCAGCGCCACGCGUACGAGGUUAUCGCGCGCUUCGAACAGGAGGGGCUCGACCGCCUCCAGAUCAUGCCCGGGGCCUCGGAGCUAUGCGGCUUCCUGGACGCAAAGCAGAUCAGAAAGAAUUCGACUAACAUCGAUGUUGUACAGCUGUUUGUUGAAAGGCUGAUUGUCACUUCUCUAGUUUAUUGCGUGUACCAGAGUGGGUACUGUUGCUUGACACAAGCAAUCCAGUUCAUGAUUAUUGUCGAGCAUGUGUGCUGUGUCAUUUUAAAAAUAAGAGGUUUGAUCACCCGUAAUGUGAAGGACGCAGUUGAUUUGUUUCACCAAAGAUUUGGUAUGAUGUUCACUCCUGCACUUAGUAGAGAAUUUCGCCCCUAUAAGCCAGAUCCAGCUCCACUGCUUCACAUAUGCUCCACUUGGAACAUUCCGCCACACGAAGUGAUCAUGGUCGGCGACAGUCUCAAGGAUGAUGUGAGCGUUCUUCAACUGAUUAUAAGCUGUAGCGUAUAAAAGGUUGUUUGUGGAAAGAGGGCAGGAGCUUUUACUUGCUUGCUAGAUGAAACAGGGCGAUAUGGUCCUCAUGAUUCUUUGCCUGAGGAAGUUAAACCUGACUUCAAGGUGGCCUCGCUUACAGAAGUGUUCACUGUGCUGGAGGAGUACUUCGAUUUGGCACCAGUACCUGCUGAGAGUAGAAUAUGACAGCGAAGUUUUAUUGGACUUGGCCGCUAAUGUGAAAUCGGCUACCCAACCAACACCUUGAAUAAUGUGGACAAUGUUGAUGCCAUUUCAACUUUCAAGUAUCAGAAGCCCUGCUAGAGCCUGCAGCCAGAAGGCGAUGGCUGUUCCAAAUGUGGAUUAAAUGUCAUUGAAAUGGCAAUGAAGUGAUUCGAUUUGUUGUAAAUCUACUAUCAUAUGUUGUCCCCAACUAAAUCAGCUUGUGUCGUUUAGUGACUGAAAUGGCCAUAAGUAUCUGACAAUUCAGAAUAUAACAAUAAAAAAAACCAUGGAUACCAUUCGUUCAA